CAGUAACCCAGCUUCGUGGCUGUGGAUACGUCGCAAGGGGUUAAAAGCGGCCACGGAGUAUUAAAAAAGAAUAAUAUUAAUGGGAACACAUUCUGCCGUGCUUCGUGUUGCGUUUAAGGACUUUAGGGAGCGCGAGGAAAGCGGCGCGUUUCACUGGAAGCUGACUUUUGUUUGAUUUAACCUGCUCGUAAAGGGAAGGCGUUAUGUGUGCCAAUCCAAAGACUAAGUUUGGGCUGGAAAUAAAUAGUGUCAAUGGGCGCAUUUUGAUUUGCAAAGGGAAUUUGUAAUGUGAGCAUAUGACAGCUCAGAUUAGCAGUAGCCUAGCUAGACACAAACCGGUCGGGUUCGGGCAGAUGUGAUCACAAGAAGGGACACGUUUACUGUAUCGCUUAGCUGUCAAGUGUGUUAUUUAAAUGGUCCAUGCAAUACUAUUACACAGACGAGCCUCUCCGUCCGCAUUGCUUUGACGACAAAAGCAACAGAUCUUCCCGCGGGACGUUGUUUCUGGUGACAUAAUCCAUCCACCAUGGAUCUGCUGGAGUGUCCGCUCUGUCUCUUUCUGAUGUGCGAGCCGGUGACCAUGUCGUGCGGCCACACGUUCUGCCGGAGAUGCGUCGGGGGUUACCUCCCGUCCAAAUGCCCGUCGUGCAAAGAGAGGUUAAAACAACGAGAGGUGAAAAGCGUGAAGAACAACGUCUUGCUCAUCAGCGUGGUGGAGAAGUGCUGCCCCGACGAGACAAAGACCAAGUGCCAUAUACUGGAGAAGCUCAAGGCCAACGAGUUCUCGGAAGCUUUUCGCAUCGCGAACGAGGGGCUGCAUUUAGUCCCAGACGAUCAGAGCUUGAAACUGUACAGAGCUGAAGCUAACUGGGGCCUGAUGCGUUUCUCUGACGCUCUGACGGACCUCGACUACCUCUGCUGCCUUCGUCCCAACUGGACUGAGGGCUUCUUUCGUAAAGGAAAUGUACUGCUGGAAAUGGGUCAGCAGACAGAUGCCCUCAUCCAGUUCCAUCGUUGCCUAAAACUUCAAGCUGACUUUGUUCCGGCAAAGAGCCAGAUCAAGAAGAUCCUGGAGACGGAGGGCAUGGCAGUGCCGGAGGAGGUGCCGUGCAUCUUGCAAGUUGUGUCUGAGUACCUGAAAGGGCCCUGCCCCAUCACCAGCCUCAGCGGCUCCCAGGGGCCUACUCACCCAGAGGGCCUCAAACAUCGUGGGGAUGAUGGAGAUGGAGAAGGAAGGAGAGAGUCACACCAGGGCUCCAAGGUGAAGCAUGACACGGGUACUGAGUGCUGCCUCAGCCUCUGCCAAGCUGUUUCCUUCCUCCCUGCCGCCGAGGAGGACGAGGAGAUGAUGAUGAGGAAGGAAGAUGGGCAUGGCAUGGGUGAAAGUGGGCGCAGCAGAGAGAAAACUCUGAGCGUUCUUACUGUGUCAGACUUUGAGUGCCCUCUCUGCAUCAGGUUGUUUUUCGAGCCAGUCACUACUCCCUGUGGUCACACCUUCUGUAAAAACUGCAUAGAGCGGAGUCUGGAUCACAACCUCCGCUGUCCACUCUGCAAACAGCCACUACAAGAGUACUUCAAAAACAGGAAGUAUAACCCCACAGUUCUGCUUCAGGACAUCAUGACCCGCCUUUUCCCCUCACAGCUGGCCGAGAGGAAACAGGUCCAUGAAGCUGAGAUGGCUGAACUGUCCAAUCUAACUAAAGACAUCCCUAUAUUCGUUUGCACGGUGGCCUACCCUGGAGUGCCCUGCCCCCUGCACAUCUUUGAGCCUCGAUACCGGCUGAUGAUGCGUCGCUGCAUGGAGACUGGCACCAAGAAGUUUGGCAUGUGCAGCUAUGAGCAUGGCAAGGGGUUUGCAGACUAUGGCUGCAUGCUGGAGAUCCUCAGUCUGGAGCUGCUGCCUGAUGGGCGGUCCUUUGUGGACACAGUGGGUGGCAGCAGAUUCAGGGUGCUUAAGAGAGGUCAGCGGGAUGGCUACCACACUGCUGAUAUCGAGUACCUGGAGGACCUCAAGGUUGAUGGUAGUGAGAUGGAGCUUUUGGAGCAUCUCCAUGACAGUGUGUAUCAGCAGGCUCAGGACUGGUACCAGCGCCUCGGCAGCCGCAUUCGCGAGCAGAUCAACAGACAGUAUGGCACCAUGCCAGAUAAGGAGGAAGACAUUCAGGCCUCGUCUGAUGGUCCGGCCUGGUGCUGGUGGCUGCUGUCUGUCCUCCAGCUGGACCCUGCCUAUCAAACAACUGUCCUGUCCCUGACAUCACUCAAAGACCGCCUGGGACACCUCCGCCUCGUCCUUGAGUACUUCUCUCAGAGCUAGACUCCACAGCUCAGUGGUGCUGUGACCACAACCAGCUGAGAGUUGAUUAUUGCACACACACACACACACACACACACACAGACACAUGAGAGUGAAACCAAUGAAUGCACUCACACCACAGAGUUUGGGGCUGGGUCUACUCUGAAUCUUAAAGUCACAGCUCAAAGCCGUUCACUAGCAGAGAGAGAGUGAUUUUAUUAGAAAACACAGUGUACAGAGUCGGGGUUUUGCUGUUUGAGUUUGCACGUGUUCUCUUUCUUACACUGUUUUCUUCCCCAGGAAUUCAAGGGUUCAGAGUAGUUUGUGCAUAUAUGUUGUACUCGCUGCAACAAGAACUACAAAACUGACCAAAGAUACGUCCUGUUUAGGUCCAUCAAAAGUGGUAAAUUGUUAUUUGUUGAUCAACUAAAUCAGCUCGAAGAAUAUUGCUGAAUAUGAGCACUAGAUGUCACUGUUUUCUCUCCAGUUAUUAUAAACAUGAAGAACAUGCAGCAUCAGCUGAGCCAGUGCAGCACACUGUACUGUCAUGUGUGGCCUAUUCCAAUCAGACUCUGUGCAUUAACAAAGCUUAGUUUGGAGUGAGAAUAAACAUUAAUAGCACACACAAUUUGUAGAGAUUUGUAGGCUAUUUUUCAGGACUAUGCACAUCAGAGGUUAUUUGGAUAUUGCUGAGGGGCACUAGUUGUAAGGCUUACAUGUUAGUUGCAUCUAUUGGCCUUGGCAGCCAUUGAGAAUGGCUCAUUUUAUACUGAUGAAUAAUCUUUGAAAAAAUAAAACCCUAUUUAGUAUUAAAUAUUGCAAUAAUAAUUUAUAGUGGCAGCAACUGGAGAAUCUUUUUUUAAAUGAAUGCAAGCUGCCGAUGUGGCUGCUGGAUGUCUCUCUGGAUGCUGUUUGUCAUCAUCUGGUGGGAAGAGUCUUCUCUGAAAUUAUGGCAAUGAGGAGACGUAGGCGGUCAGUGGAUGGGAGGUGUACCAGCUUAGUUUUACAGUGUGAACCUGUGUGAUUAUGUAUGGUGGUGGAUGCAGCACUGUAUGUGUGUGUGUCAGCUGUAAAUAUGAAGUCAUUUUUCUCAGUUGCCAUCUUCAUUAUGUUUUAAAUUCCACAUGGCGUGGUGUCAGCACUGAUAAGAGCUACUGUCAUGUCCACUCCCUCGAGGUGCAGUGGUUAUAGAUGAAGCGUCAGUCCAGGGACAGAGAGUUUAACAUCUCCUGGGCAGAGAUAAAGUAAUAGGGUCUGACUAGGGGUGAGUCCCCGUGUGGUGCCUGUGUGUGUAGGCCACAUCACCUUUGUCUGGCUCCUGCUGCGUCUCCUGGUCUGUCUGGCCCCUCUACCACCAGUCAUGGUGCCUUUGAGUGCCUUGGCCAACUCGCCACGAGACCUGCAAGUCUUAUAAGCCACAUUUAGGAUGGACUGUGUGAUAAUUUUUUUUACCAUUGAUUUUUAUUGAUAUAGUGCUACAUUCCAUGGAAUGUUGAAGCUGCGAUGUUAAAGUUAAUUUACUUACAAAUACGGGCUUAACUGGGUGAAACGUUAGAGCUUUUUUUUUCACUUUGAUAAAUGUGCCAUGAUAUUUCUGUGUUUUGUAGGAAUAGUUUGCGAAAUAGUCACUGUGUUUAUGUUUGUCUACAUCAUGGACUCUGAAGUCCGACUUUAAGCCUCAUGCCUUUUGUAUGGUGGGCAUUGAACUACCACCUUCUCACGGCCAACAUAUAACAUAUCACUUUAAAGCUGGAGUGCAGGAGUCUAGUGUCUAUUAGAGUUUAGUGUCUGAUGUCAGUGUGGACUGGUGAACCAGAAGUGAUGUGUUUUACAUCAAGGGAGGGAGCCAUCGCAAUGGAGCAGUGGCUAGGAGUAUGGCAGAAAAUCCUAAGUAACAUCCAAGAAAAGUUUCUGGAAUGGAUGGUCCUGAUAAAAAACAAACUUGUGUAGAAGAGGGAUUAAAGGUCUAGUGCGUAGCAUUUAGUGACACCUAGCGGUGAGGUUGCAGAUUGCAACCAAUGGAAGCAUAGAGGAAAACUAUGGUGGCCGAUGCAAAGACGCAAAAGGCGCUGUCUAGAGCCAAUGUUUGGACUCUGUGGGAGAUGACCUGCUCUGCAUGUAGAUAUAAACAGCUCAUUCUAAGGUAACAGAAUCACAACAACUAUUAGUUAUGAAUAACGUGUUCCAUCCCUGCCAAUGGAUGCCCCUGAAUCCCACACACUGGAACAUUUAGGGUAAAAAUAAAUAAAUAAAAAAAGAGCACUCCUGUGGCUGAACUCAUCCUCAUACAUCAUAAGCAUGCAUUGACAGUGUUUGUGUAAUUACUCUCACACAGAAGUUCUGCACUACAGCUUUAAACAAUCAGAAUUAGUCCAGCAAACACACUCAUAGAUACAGUUUGUGUGAUACAGAACUGCUGCCCUGCCAGUGUGAUAUUGUAGAUAUGGCUUAGAAUAAAAGCGGUAAUUGUGAGACUUGAUAUGCACAAAAAUGUCCCACUAAAGGGCGAAGCAGCGGACAGACGGAUACUGAAGCUGCAUUGGUCACCUAAUAGACUGGCUUACCAUUGAACUUUGACCUGGGAAUUUACACUUUGAAUGAGGGCAAGAAACAUUGUUAUUACCAUUUUUUAAAAUGGGUUAAUCGACUUCAGUUAUUAUGCUGUCAUUUCUGAAGACAUCGGGGCCUGGAACUGUCGUCAAAGACUUAAAUGUGCCAGUUAUCACACCAUGUCUCCAAAGCUAGUGUAUCAUAAAGGUCAGUCUCUUGCUGCUACCAGACAGGAUUAAAGCUAACUCGCAAAUAAAAAGGGAUCGAGAUUCUCAUAGAAUUUUUUGAAAGACCAGCCUCAAAAAGCCUUCGUGGUGAACGCGAGUCCACAGCCACUGUGCUGAAUUUCACUUUCCUUAUCAGAGAAGAAAAUAUUUUUGAACAGUGAAAUAACUUGUUGCAUUUUUGUUUUCUGAUGCUCAGCUGCAGUUUGUCACAUUUUUCUCUCUUCUUCACAUCAUGCACAUUUUUCUGUCUCUUUUAUUACGUAAAGAUGUCACUUUCAGUAACAUGGUGAUAUAUGUUGAUCACAGAAGUCGGGAUCGUAUUGGUUUACUCUUUAAAUUAAUUUGUGCACCAGUGUGCGAUUUUACAUGAUAAAAUGCUAAAAAUGUUUUUAAAAAAUGAAUGAUUGUACCCUCAUGUUUUGAUCCAACUAAUUGGUCAAUUUAAUGUUUAAUUUGUCAGAAAUAUUUAUCAGCACAGUCAUGACUUCAUCUCACCUAGCCUGCAGCUUUAUGCCCCUCCUACUCUGGCAGAUGCCCAUUAGCCAUAGUUGCAGUAUAAUUGGACUAUCACAAAAUGUCCUCCAAUGCAGUUCAAACAAUUUGCACCAAAUCCACAUUGCCUCGAACGCAGAACACAGAGCAUAAUAAGUGACCCGUUCUUGGCAGCGACUCCCCCGUGAGAACGAGUCUUACACUUGUGUAACUUGGGAAAGGCUGUGAACAGCACCAUGGUGGCGUGUUCUUGCCAUGUGCUGCAGCUUGCAGGAAAUGCUGGUUGAUGUGGUCUGGUGGUCAGUGGUUUAGAGACAGUAUGAAUUAGAGAUGUGCAUUGUUACUACUCUGUGCUCGCAUACUUUGUUGUUAGGAGCAAGUACAUGUAAACCCACGGAACACUAAAGCAACUCCUGUUUGACUCAUUUGUAUUCACCUCCGAGCCAAGAGCAGCAAAUUAUCUUAAUCUGAUUAUUGUUUAUUCGCUUGCCCCCUGGAUGACUUUUUAAAUGUUAUUAUAAAUAAAGCUUUUCAAAGCAAAAUCAGCAUUA